AUGAUUGACCUGGCGGGUUCAUCACCUAAUAUCACAACCCGUCAAACUCGCAGCUCAACCCGUCAAGCACUCUCAUCAAUUGCUUCAUCCUUGGAGAGGGACCAAAACCCAGGCUCGUCCUCCAAGAAGCCCCCAAUAGGCCUGAUACCAUCCAGUUCCUUUAUAUCUCGAAUUCCUCUUCCUAUUGAAGACCGCGAUAUCCUGAUCUCUAAACGUGACUGGCUCACUUCUCACAACAUCUCCCUCCCCCAAGAUGUCCUUCAGUCCAUUGAUCUCAGCCCUGCGACAUACUGCAAUCCUGUUGACGCAACCUACGUCUUUGCUCAAGCUCAUGCGGGCACCGCAGUGUGCAUCUCCCCGGACGGUGUCCUUCUCACCUGUGCACAUUGCAUUGCAGACAAGCCCUCCAAGCUUACCACUAGGCCUUGGCAUGUUCUCAUAGCCUCAAGCGGGAGUGUUGUGUUGACAAAGGUUAUAUCGUGGGAUCCGGUGCGAGAUCUUGCACUUCUCCUUAUCGAUCAAGCCCAGUCCCCCCACAGACCUUUCCCUCACGUCCGCAUUGCAUCAUCCCCCCCCCAAGUUCAAGUCCAAGCUCUUAUGUAUAGGACAUCCUGGCUCUGA